AAAAAAAAAAAAAAAAAAAAAAACUCUAUGCAGGUAUUGAUUAUGUGAUAUGGCAAAUUAUGCAGCUUACGAUAUUUCGACUACUUUGAAAUUUCAUUUUCCUUAACAUUUUUCGUUGAUGUAUUUUUAAAAUAUUAACAUAUUCCAGCCAUGUAUAUAAGAAAGAUUUUUUUACUGAAGAAGUUUCUAUCAUUAUCAAUAUCAACUCUCUUUUAUACCACCUUAAUAUAUCCCUUCCGACUUAAUUUAUUAGCCAAAGAUGGUCUCUUUCGUAUCUAUCAGUAAGGGUGUCUUUUUCGUUUCCAUGAUGUUUAUCGGAACAUCCCACGCCGCUCCUCCUUCCUCUGAGGUACCCUCAGAUGUUCCCCAAGAUAACUCUGCCAAACAUAGUAACUUCACUCUUCCACCUCUCAUUACAAAUCGUACUCAUCCCGCACCUCCUCAUUUGAAGGUCGCUGGAGUAGGAGGAGAGGUUCAAAACAUGGAAGACAAUAUAGAAUGGCUCAAGGAACUUGGUUUUGACUAUCCUGGCAUGAUUCAACGUCAAGAGUUGGAGUCCGUUCAUGGCAUGGCUAUCGAUCUCCCCGCUGGAGUCCCUGCUAUUAGUGCCAAGGAUACUUUGAGCCGUUUUGAUAAUGGCAAUGAUAUCUCUAUAGCUGCUUCUCCUGAACAAAUUAACACUCUCGCAUUUUAUGCUGGUGUUACUUCCACUUCGUACUGUCGUACUGUGACAGGUCUUGGUCGUUGGGAUUGCAAAAAUUGCCAAAAAUAUGUUCCUGAUGGUCAGCUUAUCUUUACUUUCAGUUCCCCUAUAUCUGAUACCACUGGGUUUGUUUUGAGAAGCGAUAGUCAAAAAACAAUUCAUGUUGUCUUCCGUGGUACAAAUUCCAUUCGUCAGUCUAUCACUGAUCUGGUCACGACAAAAACUGACUACCCUCCUGUCAACGGUGCCCAAGUUCAUACAGGAUUCUUAGCUUCUUACAAUGAAGUUGCAGACAAGUAUUUCCCUUAUGUUCAACAACAACUUUCUAAUUUCCCUAAUUACAAAGUCGUAGUUUCUGGACAUUCUCUUGGUGGUGCUCAUGCGUUGUUGGCUGCUUUGGAUCUUUAUCAACGUGAUUCAAGAUUUGGUCCCAAUAACAUGAGUGUCUAUACCGUUGGUUGCCCUCGUGUUGGUGAUACUAGUUUCGCAUACUAUGUUGAUGCUACCCGUAUUCCUUUUUACCGCUCUGUACAUAACAGAGAUCCUGUUCCUCAUCUUCCUCCUCAAGCUAUGGGUUUCCUUCAUGCUGGUGUCGAAAUUUGGGAUAAGACUCUUGGUGGUUACAGCAUCUGUCCCACCAACCUUGAAAGCCAAUCCUGCUCUAAUACCAUUGUCCCUAUUGUUAGCUUCUUCGAUCAUUUGACCUACUACGAUAUCAAUGAAGGACUUUGUCUUUAAUUUAUUAAUGCC